UUUUCUCACCCCUCCCACACAUGGGCACACAAGUACUCCCUCACAAGCUUUUAUGUCAGAAGUUGCUUCUCAGCAAAGACAAGAGAAGCUAAGAUUGUUUUUCUCUGGUCACCAUGGAAGGGCGGUGGAAACUUCUGCUUCUGGCUCUGUGUCUGUCGUCCAUCUUGGCGCUGUCAGAGUCCUCGUGCCCCCAGGGAUUUUAUUGGGUGAAAGGUGAAUGCAAUGAUGUAGACGAGUGUGAGGUGGAUGAGGACUACCCUGACCACACGAAUCCAUGCGGAAACCACGCGCACUGUUACAACACCGAUGGCAGCUUCUACUGCACGUGCGAUGAUGGUUAUCAAACCGAUAUAAAGACAACAAAUUUUACCAUUCCGUCAACUUUAACAUGUCGCGAUAUAAAUGAAUGUUUGGAAAACGAAGACAUUUGUGGAUCGCGACCUUGUAUCAACACCGACCCAAUGUACCGUUGUGGUUGUAAUCAGGGAUUCGUCGCCAAUGUUAAUUCUGACUGCGACGAUGUGAAUGAGUGUCUCGAGGAAAAUUUCUGCGGGCCUAAUGCGACGUGCAUCAACACGGUUGGCAGUUAUAACUGUGUCUGCAAAGCCGGCUUUGCAACCAAGUCUGGCAAUGUACCUCAGGAGCCAUGUGAAGCCGUAUGUUCAGUUGAUGAGACGAACCACUGCGGAAAUGGAACGUGCCACAUUGGAGCCAGCGGCUCUUACUGCACGUGCCACACCGGCUUCACCAAUUAUAAAAAUAAAGCCGCUCGUUGCACAGAGUUAGACUGCGAUGCAUUCAAAGACGCAGAGAACCUUGAAGCGAAUGUCCCCAUUGAACAGAAUCUGAUGAUGCAGCUGAAAAAAGGUUGUGUGGAUCUGGCCAAGGGGGCGGAGUCAGAAGACUUAGAUGACCAGAACCUACUUUUGAAACUUUUGGAGAUCAUUGACCACCUCUUGUCCACUGGCGCUCUGAAUAACACCAGGAAGGUGUCCAUCUUUCUGGACCUAGUAGAGAGCACAUUGAGACUGGUGGGACCUCUUGUUAAAGACUCCAGAAUAAAUAAAUCAUCCCCCUAUACAGAACUGGAGCUGCUUUCUCUCAAAGGACCCGAGGCACCUCGGGGAGUUCAGAUAUUACGAACUAAGCCAGUCAAGUUGCAUAUCCACUUGGAAACAGUUUCUGGAGAUGCUUCCCAAUACCCAGGCUUCGCAAGUGUCUCCUUGGUCAGCUAUGCAAACCUGGAAACUUUCACCGACGCCUUCUCCAGUGGGAUGAAUCCAGAAGCAAACGAAAGAUUCAUCAUCAACUCCAAAGUGGCGACUGUCUCCGUCACAAACACCAACACCAGCCACCUGGAAAAGCCAGUUAUGCUAACUUUUAGCCACCUGACACAGGUGAACGGGUCUCGGCACGUGUGCGUGUUUUGGAACACCUCCCAGGGGAGCUGGUCUACCGACGGGUGCAUAGCAGUGAAGUCCAACUCUGAAUUCACCGUGUGCUCCUGCAACCACUUGAGCACAUUUGCCGUGCUCAUGGCCCUCUACGACGUUGAGGCAACGUUCGAGUUGCAGGUGGUGACCUGGGUGGGAUUGUCCCUGUCACUAAUUUGCCUCCUCAUCUGCAUCCUGACCUUCUCGCUCAUCCGGUCCAUCCAAAGCCCCCGGACCACCAUCCACUUACACCUGUGCAUCAGCCUAUUUGUCGCCGCCUUCAUCUUUCUCGUGGGGAUUUCUCGUACAGAGAACCAGACUACCUGUGCAGUGAUUGCAGGCUUUCUGCAUUUCUUCUUCUUGGCUGCAUUCUGCUGGAUGUGUCUGGAAGGCGUGCAGCUAUUCCGGAUGGUCAUCUUUGUGUUCAACACCAACUUUCCAACCCUCUAUAUGAUGUUGGGGGGCUACGGUGUCCCGGCUGUGAUUGUCGCCAUCUCCGCUAUGGUCAACCACAAAGGAUACGGCACCCAAAGAUACUGUUGGUUAAAUGUGGAAUUCAUCUGGAGUUUUUUGGGCCCGGCUUGUGUCAUCAUUGCUAUCAACAUAUUCUUCUUUCUCAUCACGGUGUGGAAGUUGGCGCAGAAAUUUUCAAGUCUGAACCCUGACCUGAACACCUUACAGAAAAUAAAAGCUUUCACCAUCACUGCAGUGGCCCAGCUGUGCGUGCUUGGCACCACGUGGAUUUUUGGUUGCUUCCAAUUUGAGGAGAGCACCAUGGUCAUGUCUUACCUGUUCACCAUCUUCGCCAGCCUGCAGGGCCUUAUGCUGUUUGUGAUGCAUUGUCUGUUCUCCAAGCAGGUGAGGGAUGAGUAUGGAAACCUCCUGUCCAGAUUCAGUGGACCGCCGAAGAAAAGCUACUCUGAAUUCAGCUCAUUUCCCAGCAGACAGCACGCCUCCAAUAGCAGCCAGAACACAGGAGAAUCGCACAUCUGAGGAGACAAACUCGCAACUGGCCUUCAUUUGUAAAAUUGGAUUCAAACCCAAGAAUAAUUAAAACCUGUUUUGUCAGGUGUCUCAAUCCAGGUACUGUAUUUAACGACCCCAGAUGACUAAAAUGUAUAUAUUUUUUCUGUAUAGUCUGUCAGUAUGCCGUAUAAAUAUUGCCCCUAAAAAACAGAGAACAAUUUGGAGAGAUUUGCAUUAUUUCUUUUGUCCAUACUGUAGUGAGAUUUACUGUGUAUUGUGUUUUACUCCUCCGUCUGUUGUGCUGAAAUGUAUAUUUGUGAUUGUUUUGAAAAAUGGCAUUAUAAAGUAUGAAUUUUUUGUUGUUGUUGUUGUUAAGGAUACUUGUUUUAAUUGUUGUAUUGUCUGCCCAGGUGGUUUAAAAAUACAAAAUAAAAAAUGAGACA